AGGAAGGAAGAGCAAGUAAGUAUUAGGAGGAUAUGGCAAGGUGGGGAGGAUGGGACCCAUGUCAGCGACAAGCCCGGAUAGUAGUCCCAUGCGCUCAUUUUCUUAUUUUGGUGUAUUUUCAUUUAUUUGUUUUGUUGUUUUUGAGAAAUGGUAUAUUUAUUUGUUGUUGAUGUCCCUCCAAAGACGCUUCGUCCAGCUCAAGAGCCACCACCCACCCAACCAAAACACAACACAAACACCACCACCCACAACCUUCUUUCUCUCUUUGUUUUUACAAAGCAGGAAACUGCGAGAAGCUGCGAGAAAAUAAAAGAAAAAAUAUACGAUUUUUGAGAGAAAAUUCAGCAUCCCAUUUCUUAACAGCUUCAGCUUGACUCAUUUCCUGACUCUGAGUCUCUUGUUUUAAUCUUUUUUGGUUUUUAAAAAUGGAUUGUUGGUCUUCUCCGCUUGCUCCUGAUGAAGAGUUUCAGAAGCUUAUGAUUCGAAUGAACCCCCCAAGCAGGGUUACCGUUGAUAAUGCCUCGAGCACAGCAGCUACUCUGAUUAAGGUUGAUAGUGCAAAUAGGCGUGGAAGUUUGCUGGAGGUGGUUCAGGUCCUAACUGAUUUGAAUCUCAUCAUAAGACGAGCGUACAUUUCUUCUGAUGGGGAAUGGUUCAUGGAUGUCUUUCACGUUACUGAUAAAAAGGGCAAUAAACUAUCUCAAGAUUAUGUAACUGAACGCAUUCAACAGUCGCUGGGAGCGAGGGCACGUAGCUUCAGAUCAUUGAGGAGGUCUGUGGGUGUCCAAGCUGAUAUGGAACACACUACCAUUGAAUUGACUGGAAGAGACAGACCAGGCUUGCUUUCAGAGGUCUUUGCUGUCUUAGCAGACCUCAAAUGCAAUGUGGUUGCUGCCGAAGUCUGGACUCACAAUUCGAGAAUGGCAUCGGUCGUUUACAUCACGGAUGAGGCAAAUGGAUUGCCCAUUGAUGAUGUCGAUCGCCUCUCAAAGAUCAAACAGCUUCUCCUUUAUGUGCUAAAAGGGGACAGAGACAAGCGCGGUGCUAACACUGCUGUUUCUGUGGGUUCCACUCACAAGGAAAGGAGGCUGCAUCAAAUGAUGUACGCUGAUCGUGACUACGAUGUGGAUGAUAACAAUUGUGGGUCAAGUAAUGGUGACCGGAGCAAACCCCUUGUAACCAUAGAGAAUUGUGCUGAUAAGGGAUAUACUGUUGUGAGCUUGAGGUGCCCUGACCGCCCAAAGCUGCUUUUUGAUACAGUUUGCACUUUAACUGAUAUGCAAUAUGUUGUAUACCAUGCAACUGUAAUUGCUGAAGGACCAGAAGCUAAUCAGGAAUAUUAUAUAAGGCAUACAGAUGGUUGUCCUAUUAAUUCUGAAGCAGAGAGACAGAGAGUAAUCAAUUGCUUGGAAGCUGCUAUAAGAAGGCGAACUUCUGAGGGUAUAAGACUAGAACUUUGCGGCGAUGACAGGGUUGGCCUGCUUUCUGAUGUGACCCGAAUAUUUAGAGAAAAUGGACUUUCAGUCACACGAGCUGAGGUUGCAACCAGGGGUUCCCAAGCUGUGAAUGUGUUUUACGUGACUGAUGCAUCAGGAAAUCCAGUGAAGAGUGAGACGAUUGAAGCAGUUCGGAAAGAGAUUGGAUUGACGAUACUUCGUGUAAAGGAAGAAUUUGAAUCCAAAUCUCCUCCUACACAAGAGGGUGGGAGAUUCUCUUUGGGAAAUCUGUUUCGAUCUAGAUCAGAAAGGUUUCUUCACAACUUGGGGUUGAUAAAGUCGUAUUCUUGAGUUGUUGGUUAGGGAAACGAGUUGCUCUCCUGCUUGUAAAUAACCAGAUGCUCUUCCUGAAAUUGUAAAUUGUGCUAUGUGGUUUAGAACCAUAGAAGGAUAAUCCUUUUGUCCUUCUUGGUCAGGCCUCAAAACUGGAAAAUCAAUCUCAACUUGUACAAUUUCAUGUAUAUACCUAUAUAUUUUUCCAAGCUCGUCCUUAGAUCAUUAAUAGUAUUGUUAAUAUUGAACA